AAUCAGCGCAAGAACAAACAACAAAGGAUGGACUAUCCACCAACCUCGUCGACGUACUACCUCUCGUCGAACAGGACAUAUAGCCGUACAUUGCCAACUUCAAGCCCCUUGUAGAGAGACUUGUAGGAAUUGUCAGAGUCCUGAGCAUUUCUAUCGACAGUGUCUCUAUAACACUUGUUAUAAGUGUAAUUCAUUAGGACAUAUUGCAGUAGAUUGUCCUUUAGCCUCUCUCAAGUAUAAGAAUCAGACUUUUCAAUAUGGUUGUGACUCAAAUGAAGUUGAGACUCAGCGUCAAUAUUUCCACAGCAAUAGACGUACCCAUUAUUGCUGCUCUUGUAAGAAUCCUCAGAGACCUGAAGCCCUCAAAGA